AUGUUGGAAUCGGUCCUGAUCAAAGAGAGGCAGAUGCGCAAAACGGUGAGAUGCUUGCUGGUAACCAUCGCGAGCGAUGACAAGAAUUUCCUGACGUCGACCAUCGAGCGAUCAGCGGAGGGGAAUAUAAUGAUUUGGCCGACCAAACUUCUGUUGGUGACUCAUCUACGAACGGAGGAAUUAUCUCCAAUCAGGAACCACCUCUCGGGAAUGAAUGGGAUGCUGUUAAUCCUGGAUAAGAAAUCUAAGAGGUGCAGCAUUUACACUUUCCUGCCUUACACUCAACGAAUGGUAGAGCUUGCUUCGUGGACAGCUAAGUACGGUCUUCUUCAUUCUUCCCAUCUCUCUUUAUUUCCUGAUAAAUUUGAUAGGUUGAUCGAUGCCGGACACCUAAUCGUAGCUGGAGACGAUUUCCCUCCCCACAUGAAGGUCACAGAAUUUCCCUACGGAAGAGACGGACCUCCUCACAUCUUCAUUGGCCCUUUGGGAAACUUCGUCGAGAUUCUGGGAAAUAGCAUCAAUUUCUCAUAUACUCUAGUGAGGCCUCCUGACAGAGCUUGGGGAUAUCUGCAGCCGAACGGGUCAUGGAUUGGGAUGGUGGGCAUGGUUUUCAGAAAGGAAGUCGACUUCGCCCUCGGCCCUUUUGUCCUAACCUACACGCGCGCACGAGCGGUGGAUUACGCCCUUCCGCUGGUCGGAGACAACAUUCGCAUCACCGCCAAGCGAGGAGCGACGGAGGUCGACCCGUGGGGAUUCGCACUUCCCCUAGCACCAGACGUCUGGGGGAUCACUUUCCUCUCCAUGGCGUUCGUGAUCCUCCUGACGAUGAUCUUCACCUUCGCCGAAACGUCGCGGAAUCUAACGAAAAGUUCUUUGAUGGAUAUCUUCCGAAUUCUGUUACAGCAAGACAUGAAUAUUUCGAGACCUGUAGAAUCCUGGGACCGCGUCCUUUUAGCAGCUUGGAUAGUCACCAUCCUCGUGCUCAGUAAGAGCUACAGCGGGAACCUCAUGUCGUUGCUGGCUGUACGGUACGUGCCCCAGCCGUACCAGUCGCUGAGGGCAGUUCUGGACGACUCGUCCAUCACGAUGCUCUGGGAAGGGGGUACGGCUUAUGUCCAGGUUUUCAUGAAUGCUGAAUCAGGCAUCUACCGCGAAGUGGCCGAAUCUCUCGGUAAAGGUCGGAUAUCAUAUGUGAAAUCGUCCGAGUACACGCAGGCAAUGGAGCAGGUCAGCAGGAGUAGCCAUCACGUCCUUAUCAUAGAAGACUUGGGCCUGCAAAUGCUUCUGGCUGAAGAUUUCACUAAGAGGGGAAGCUGUCUGUUCUACUUGUCAAAAGAACUCUUUCUUCCUUCUAUGUUUGGACUGGUUGUUCAGAAACACAGUCCUCUGGGACCUGCGAUUGCUAGAAGAAUGAGCUCGGUGACGGAAAGCGGACUGUACACCCAGUGGAUGAAAGACGCCGUCCCUAAUUCAACGGCCUGUCUUCAAGCCCCGACUAAGAUCGUCGUCCAGUCAGCUCUGUCUUUAUCUAAUCUUUGGGGAAUGUUCACGUUACUCGCUGGUGGAUAUGUGUUCAGUGCCAUAACAUUAGCAGUCGAAUAUGCUGUUUCCAGAUUCACCUUAUCUUCAUUUUAA